AUGAUAUGUAUAAACUGUGGUCACCAAGUGGAAUCCUUAUAUGUGAUCUAUUCGGGGGACCAUAUUAGACUUACCGACUGCCCAAAAUGCUCCCAAGUUGUGGACAAAUAUGUGGAGUUUGAUCCAGUACUUUUGUCCAUUGACCUUUUACUACUGAAGAAGGGAGCAUAUCGACAUAUGACAUUCAAUAAACUGGAAUUACAGCUAAGGAAACAUCCGGAAUGGAAAAUUAGCCGACAAAAGCUAAGUACGUGGAAUCAAUUCAAAGUUUUUGCAACUAAUGUUAGAAAUUGGUUAAAGAAAUAUGAUCAAUUGAGCAGAUUACAAGUUUUCCUUGUUGCAUUCGAAGUGUAUUUAAAUUGGGUCACAGUGGAAACGAAAUUUUCGAAGUAUAGUAGUGAAUUCAUGUUUUCCAACAAAUUAAUGAUCUACAAUAUACUUGAAGGAUCUGUCUGGGUACAGUAUCUAUUCUUCUUUGCGUAUGUGAUGAUUGAAAUGAUUGUGCUACACAGCGUAUUUCAAUAUGUUCUUAUAAACAGAUGGAAUUGGGGAAAGGUUUUAAAGUAUCGUAAGGACAUAGUAUACUAUAUUUUAUUAAUUUCGUAUGGUGCGAAAAUCUUCCCUAUUCUAAUGCUUAUAUGGCCUUACGAUACAUUAUUGUCCACGGCGAUCAUCAAACUUAUUGCUAAUAUAUAUAUUAUCGAAGCAGUUCACAUUGUUACCCAAAAGCCAUAUUUCAAAAUAUCUAUUCUUUUGAUCUCAACGCUACUGCUACAAUACCUUCUUGCACAGACUAUACUCAUAAUCGUGGUUUCUGGAUUUGACAUGUCAGUGAUGUUGAGUUAUAUAAUGUCUGAAUAUCGGUUGAUAUUAUUCAGAAUGAACGCUAAGAAGAGUUUGUAUCUAUAG